AUGUUCAGAGCCAACGAAAAGGGGACUCGCACAUCUAUGGUCCACACAACACCAGUUCCUUAUCAGCAGAAUCAAGAGCUUGGACAGUCCCAUCAGCUUGAUUACCACAUCAUUGUCACGAGGUACGCUGGCAGGAUCAACACCGGCAAUGAAAAUGCGGAGCUAUGCGCGGUCUCGAAGCCAGAUGCUGACCUCAACAACAUAUUUCAGAACCGCAACCUUCUUUGGAUGGGAAGAAAGCAACGACCAUGGAAGUAUUCACCCCUCGAAGGGACACUCAUUCCCUCGAAGGUGGAUCGAGGCACUCUUUACGUCAAUACGCUGACGAGUGUUCAUUUCUUCUCCAUCAUUACAGCCGACAGUUCUCUCCAGAAAUCCCCUCUAGCCAUUGACCAUAUGGAUGCUCCAACGCACGUACAUGGCUGGCAUCGUAAUAGUCGUCGAUCCCGCGAUCAACGCAGAACUCGCAGAGAGCUGCGCGUUUGCCCGGCGGUCAGUCGCAGACACCUGGAUCGCUUUAUCUGGUUGUACGAGGACACUGUGUGGGUACAUGAUGCCGACAUAGAGCGGGAGAUUUUAGUCGACCCCGGCGCUGACGAGGAAGAGCAACCAACUGUUCAAGACGAAUUAUGGGCAAUGGAAAGGCAUGACCCUACCGCUCAAGAGAUUGCCAUUAUGGACACAGUUUCUUCCACAUCGACUUCCGCCGAGCCAGGUACCAAGACUGAAACAACCACCACUCCAUCUAUUUUGACUUGGACCAGAGUUGGUUCGACGACCCAGCCCAAGUCCCUUAUACCAGCCAAACCCGACAUGAGCAUCCAUCUCACACCGAACAAAGACCAGACUGCUCAAGAAGAGAUCAAAGCCAUUAUGAUGGAGAGGCGUAUGGUCACAACUCAUGAUAAUAGCAACACAGAUGGCAUCCCUUCUACUUCAACUGCUGCUGGGGCUACAUAUAGUACAAUGAACCAACCUACAACCGAGGCGGCAGGAGAGCUUGUACCGGCGAAGUACAGUUCAGGACUGUUUUCUUCCUUGGACUGGUUCUUGAAAAACAAGGAAAGGAUAGGAAACAAAGAUGCCCCUGGUGGAAGUAGCGGAGGGGUUUGUAGACAUGGAGACGUCAAGUAG